AUGCUUUUCUUUAGCUUCUUCAAGACUCUCACAAACCAGACGGUCACCAUUGAGCUCAAGAAUGACAUCCGCAUUCGUGGAAUCUUGAAAUCGGUCGACCAAUACCUAAACAUCAAGCUCGAUGAUAUCGAAGUGUUGGAUUUGGCCAAGUACCCUCACCUGUCUUCGGUGAAAAACAUGUUCAUCCGAGGAAGUGUGGUGCGGUACGUGAUGUUGCCUCGGUCGGAGGUUGACGUGGGGUUGUUGGAGGAUGCCACACGGCGAGAGGCUGCCAACCAGGCUGGCAAAGCUCGGUAA